AUGGCGCACCUCGUUACGGAUCCCAUAAGCAAGGAAAUCGUGCGUCGCUUCAAGACGUUCGCCGAAUGGCGACUUCGCACCAGAGCCACGCCUCGAGACUUUGCCUACGCCGGCCUAGAAUAUUGCGCUGACCGGAAACACAUCUACUGUCGGCACUGCAAAUUUCAAGUCGCCGAACAGGAUUGGGAGGCGCUCACGUUUCACCCGAUGGACCUUCACCGCCGAAUGUCGUGCAAGUUUCUCGAGCAGUACAGGGACCCGCGGCUGAACGUAGCAAAGGUCGUGUCCGUCUUGCCGAGCUACUCUCAGCCGGUCUACAAGAGAUACGUCGACGAGAACAUUCGAGCCAAGACCUUUCACGAUGUUCGAGGCCCUGCGUUCGCAAAGGCCGGCUUUUUCUGCUCGCAAGACGACGAGCAGGGCUACCUCUCCAGCGAACAGAUAGUGACCCGCAUAAUCGUUUGUUUCUACUGCGGGGUGCAAGUAUUUUCGAUCCUCGACUGUGAAGAAGACGAUCCGUGGCUGCUACACGCCCGCAGGUCCCCCAAUUGCGUGUUUCUACGAGUGAACAAGACCUAUUACUACGUGCACGAUGCAGUCGAAAAGUUUUACAGGAGCGAGAUGUACUGGGCGUCUCACUUUCCCGAGAUCGACGAUCUCGUCAAGGACCCAAAGUUCCGCAACAGGACUAUGAGUACUCUGUACACGGCCAACCUGACGCACCCCUUGAACGUAUCGGCGAUGGUGAGUGCCAUUCGGAGCAGCAAGGCGACUCCGUUGGGCAGUCACACUCUGUUUGAGCCAGUGAACGCCCUUCCUUCGUUCGAUCACAAGGCUAUCGGUAGGUGGGGUAACUUUGUGACAGAUAGCGCGAUCAGUGAUACGCACUAUUCCGCUAUAAAGUCACGAGACGAAUCAACUAAGAUGUGCAUCGUAUGCAGGAAGGCUCCGGCUAACAUUGCCUACUUGCCGUGCGGACACUGCGUGUCGUGUUUCGACUGCACCAUAUUAUUCAAACAUUGCAAGGCCUGUAGACUCAAAAUCGACUUUAUUUCUAGAGUCUACUUUGCUUAA